GCAAAGGACGUACUCAGAGCAUGAACUCGUUAAUAUUCCCAGAGCUGUUUGUGCUGCUUUUGCUGCUCUUGCUCUGGCCGCUGACAGUGUCCACAUCAAUGUCAGGGCACGUGUCAGCAAUCCCCCGCGGACAGCAGCAGCAGCAGGAAAAGGAACAGGAGCAGCUGCUGCUCAAAGGCGCUUCGUGGGGCAAUCAAUUGCCGGAUAUGGUAGUCGCUUACUAUCGCCAGCAUGGCGUGCACAGCCUGAUGCUGGUUGUUUGUCACGGGGACAUUGAUGCGGCACGUUUGCAUGCGCUUUUGCAACAUUUCAUGGCACACAAUAUUUAUGUGCAGCUCUGGACGGAGCACUGUCUGAAUGACCUGCGCCACGUCGGCAAUGAAACGGACACUCCGGAGGCGCCGCCCCCGCGCAGCUUUCAGGCGGACAACGAAACACACUGGCAGCUGGCAUUUGUCCUGCCUGCACUCAACAACAAACUGGGCAUUCUGCUGCUGCAGUUCAACAGUUCGUGUGCUCUGAAUCUCUUGCGCUGGUCCGCGGCCACGGAGCAUAAUUACUUUACCACGAAUCGCUAUUGGCUGCUGCUCACGCAGGAUCUGCAGGAGCUGGAACUGCUCGAAGAUGCUGAGAUCUUUUUGCCACCCGACAGCGAAGUGCGUGUGCUGUGGCACAGUCCGUCGCAGCCGUUCACUGCCACCCUGCUGGACGUGUACAAGGUGGCCGCCUGGAAGCCGCUGAAGCGCCGCUUGGUGGGCCAUCAGCUGCACAAUCCACGACACAUGGUCCAUGCGCUGCGACACUUCGGAUCGGCGAUUACAUACAGACAGAAUCUGGAGGGCAUUGUCUUCAAUACAGCUAUUGUUAUUGCAUUUCCAGAUCUGUUCACCGACAUUGAAGACCUCUCCCUGAGGCAUAUCGAUACCAUUUCCAAAGUCAAUCAUCGCCUCAUGCUGGAGCUGGCCGUUCGAUUGAAUAUGAGCUAUAACACCUACCAGACCGUCAAUUAUGGAUGGCGUCAACCGAAUGGCUCCUUCGAUGGCCUAAUGGGUCGCUUUCAGCGCUAUGAACUGGACUUUGCGCAGCUGGGGAUCUUUAUGCGCUUGGAUCGCAUCGCCCUAUGUGACUUUGUGGCCGAAACGUAUCGCGUGCGAGCUGGCAUCAUGUUUCGACAGCCUCCACUGUCGGCUGUGGCCAACAUCUUCUCGAUGCCCUUUCAGCAGGACGUUUGGAUAUCCAUACUGUUCUUGCUGAUCAUAACAAUGCUGGUGCUGCUAUUAGAAAUGUUUUUCUCUCCGGACACACACAACAUGUCCUAUUUGGAUUCGGUGAACUUUGUCUUUGGCGCCAUGUGCCAGCAGGGUUUCUAUGUGAACGUGCGCAAUCGUUCGGCAAGAAUUAUAGUCUUUACCACAUUUGUGGCCGCUGUUUUCCUGUUCACCUCCUUCUCGGCGAAUAUUGUGGCUCUGUUGCAGAGUCCGUCGGAUGCGAUACAAUCGCUGGGUGAUUUGGGCCAAUCACCGCUGGAAAUUGGCGUGCAGGAUACACAAUAUAAUAAAAUCUAUUUUACCGAGUCCACAGAUCCGGUGACAAAGAGCUUGUAUCACAAAAAGAUUGCCUCAAAGGGAGAUUUUGUUUACAUGCGCCCUGUGCUGGGCAUGGAGAAAAUGCGCACCGGACUAUUUGCAUACCAGGUGGAGCUCCAGGCGGGCUAUCAAAUUGUCAGCGAUACAUUCAGUGAGCCAGAAAAAUGUGGACUCAUGGAACUGGAACCAUUCCAGCUACCCAUGUUGGCUGUGCCAACACGCAAAAACUUUCCCUACAAGGAGCUAUUCCGCAGGCAAAUACGCUGGCAGCGCGAGAUUAGCCUGGUGAAUCGCGAGGAACUCAAAUGGAUACCACAGAAGCCGAAAUGCGAGAGCGGCGUCGGUGGCUUUGUCUCCAUUGGCCUCACCGAAUGUCGCUAUGCAUUUGGCAUCUUUGGCUGCGGCGCCGCGCUCAGCUUUGGCGUGUUCCUCGUCGAGCUCAUCCGCAAGCACAGCCAUGGCAUCUACACAUUUAUUCGGGGUUACAAAGACACGCUGCAUAACUUGUGCUCUGACCAGAACAGCUUGGACACCGCCAACAGUACGUGCGGAUCGUGUUCGCAUUUCUUGAGUGCAUCCACCGAUUUGGUCUUGCGCUGUGGCUUCGUUUCCAUAAAGAUAGCCUCUGCCCACAGCUCGCCGGAAUUGGGGCACUCUUGCAGGGCACGCGCCAUCAUUGUGCUGGCAAUCUCCUUAAGUCCGGCACGCAGCUCUACACGGAUGGCCUCCAGCCAGAGCACGGCUACCUUGGGAUUGCGCAGCCUUCCUCGCUCCAGUAUUGAACGCGCCUUGGUUAAGACACCUUUGCGCUCCUCCAGAUUAGCUGACAAAAUCCACAGGGGUAUCGAGAGUUUCGGAAAAUCGGGAAACACUUCGACGGCCUCGGCUAGCAAACGCAACGCCUCAUCGAAUCGUUCCAAUGCCCAUUCGAGUCGCGCCGACUUCAUCAUAACACGCGGCGUGGGCGCAGAUCCACGGGCCUUGGCCAACAAACGUCGCGCACGCUCAUAUUCAGAGUUCUCCGACUCCAACUUGACGGCUGCCAGCCAAAUAUCCUCGGAAUUGGGAUUCGCCUGGAAGGCCAACGACAAAAUUCCUCGGGCAGCGGGCACAUCGCCCGCCAUCCACUUUGACUUGGCGCCCAUCAGCCAGAGUAUCUCCGAUUUGGGACAAUGCGCCACAGCACGUUGCAGCAGCGCUUCCAAAGACUCUCGUGUUUGCUUGCGAUCCUCCUCCUCGACACCAAUGCCAAUGACAGCUUUCACAAUUGCCUGGCAGCAAUUAACAGCGCCCGACUUCUCCGCCUCGAUGGCCUCCUGGAACCACUUGGCAGCCGUUGUCCAGAUCUGGCGAUCUGUCUCGAGGCGUGCCAAGGCCAACCAUAGCUCCACACUGGUGUUGCAGCACUCGACGGCACGCGACAGCAGGAUCCGAGCAUCAUCGGGAUUCUCCAGUUCCACGGCCGCCUUCCACAAACGAACCGAGUUCGGUAUGUGCUCCAGAGCUUUGCGAAAGACGCGUCGCUUGGCUUUGGUUUCGGUCUCUAAAUCGGCAGCCUUGAUCCAAAUUCGCACCGAAGUUGAGUCCGAUACCUGCGAAAGUUUUACAUUCAUGAGCGUGUUUCGCGCCUGUCCAAUUUUGCGCAAGUCCAAAUCGCCGGUGGGCGUUAACAUGCCGGGCGUGGCUACGCCGGGCACCAUGGACGCCAAGCCGGAGCUGGCAUCCAAUGAGGAUGCAGUCUCACCGCCCAGAUUGCGCGAGAGAACGCUGUCUGGCAGCGGGGUAAACUUUUCGGCUCGCGGAUUGCGCUGCUUGCGAUUGCGACUGUCACCCACUUCGGAUUUGACCAUAUCUAACAAUAGCUUAUCGAACCAAAGUCGGCAUAGAACAGAAAAGCAAUUCAAUAAUUUUCGCAAAUUACGCUUGCAAACAAAACGCUGCAAGAUGCCCGUGCUGCCUAUGCCGCCGCUUAUGCAGAAUGCCGUGGAGCCAAUGCAAGUGGAUGCGCCACCGAACGAAGACAAUGAAAACAAUGAAGAGCAUCAAAUUGUGGUAGAAAAUCCGACAAUUGAUCUUGAGGUAUAUGCCAAUCAAUAUACGGGUAUCGCUCGUCUCGAUCGCCUGAUUUAUGUGGCCGACGUUUGCCCACUUCUGACCCUGGAGGCACUCAAAAUGGCCAUCACCUACGUGCAGUCUACCUACAACGUGAAAGUCUAUCAAAUGCUGCACAAGCGUUUGGCUGAUCUACAGGCCGCUGCUGGAGUUGCGGGAGCGGCUGCUGCUGUUCCGGCAGGUGAUCAAGCAGCCGGCGGUGCUGCCGCUGUUGCAGUUGCAGCUCUGCCCGACAUCGCUGCACAGCCGGCAGCAGCAGCAGCGGCUCAGGCCAAUGCCACCAGCGCUGGAGGUGAGAAGGAUGCCUUUGCCUAUGACGCUGUCUGGGUUGAUGCGAAAAUGAAGAAGGCGGCUCUCAAACUGGAGAAGCUCGACUCGGAUCUAAAGAACUAUAAAUCGAAUUCCAUCAAGGAGAGCAUCCGACGCGGCCACGACGAUCUGGCGGAUCAUUACCUAAGCUGUGGCGAUCUGACCAAUGCCCUGAAGUGCUAUUCGCGUGCGCGCGAUUACUGCACCAGCGGCAAGCAUGUAGUCAAUAUGUGCCUGAAUGUUAUCAAGGUUUCCAUUUACUUAAAGAACUGGGCGCAUGUCUUGAGCUACAUAUCAAAGGCGGAGAGUACGCCUGACUUUUCCGAGGGCUCCAAGGAGGCAAAUGCACAGGUGCACACGCGUCUAGAGUGCGCCGCCGGAUUGGCCGAGCUGCAGCAAAAGAAAUACAAAGUGGCGGCCAAACAUUUUCUGGCAGCCAACUUUGAUCAUUGUGAGUUUCCAGAAAUGAUCUCCACCAGCAAUGUGGCCGUCUACGGUGGUCUCUGCGCCCUGGCCACCUUUGAUCGGCCGGAGCUGAAGCGUCUGGUAAUUGCUUCCACCUCGUUCAAGCUGUUCCUGGAGCUGGAGCCGCAACUGCGUGAUAUUAUCUUCAAGUUUUACGAGAGCAAAUACGCCAGCUGCCUUACGCUGCUCGACGAGAUACGCGACAAUCUGCUGGUGGACAUGUAUAUAGCCCCACACGUCAGCAUACUCUAUACCAAGAUACGCAACCGUGCGCUAAUCCAAUAUUUCAGCCCAUAUAUGUCCGCUGAUAUGCACAAAAUGGCCACAGCCUUCAACUCGACUGUGGGCGAUCUGGAGAACGAGGUGAUGCAGCUCAUACUGGACGGCCAGAUACAAGCUCGCAUCGACUCGCACAACAAGAUACUCUACGCCAAGGAGGCCGAUCAGCGCAACAGCACUUUCGAGCGCGCCCUGCUCAUGGGCAAACAAUAUCAGCGCCACACCCGCAUGCUUAUCCUGCGCGCUGCCAUGCUCAAGAGCCACAUCCAUGUGAAGAGCGUCUCCCGCGAGAGUGGCAGCAAUCAUGGCGCCGAGCUGUGCGUCUCCGCGGGCUCCAGCACAACCGCACAACUGGCUCGCAUUUAAAGCCAACUACAAAAUAUAGCAACAUUCGAUACACACGAAAACGGACACUUGUUAACCAGGACAAGUUGACCUUUUUAUUUUUUUCCUUCUGCGAAUUUCUUUUGUGCGGCAAAAUAAAGUCUUAUAGCGAAGCUAAUUAAUUCAAAAUAA